CAGUGUCAUUGGUCAUCGGCGAAUCUUCGGAUGACGUUGCCUAGGUGACAUCUUGACAACUCUAAAGAAACAAUAACAUAAUUUGAUACAACGUUUAUAAACUCCUAUAGAUAGAUAACAGAAUUAAGAUAACAGAUCUUACAUAUCGCAAAAAAAUGCGUUGGAGCAGAAUGUUUUAAAAUCUUCAAGUUUUGACAAUAAGCAUGGAAGGGAGUAGCCGAGGAGAUAGCAGAAAUAAGGAUAUAGAUUGGUCAAAAUAUGGUUUGGGCAACGAAACAGCCCAACGGGUUAGGGCCAACACUAGCGGCUUUGUAGAUUUGAGUAGUGAGGGCCAUUAUGCAGCUGGUGGACAUCAAGCUUCAGGUGCCAAUGAAUUGUUCGCAGAAGAACAGGGUGACGUGCCUUGGUGGAAAUCCAAUUUUUUUAUAUCACAACCUGUACUUUUUGGUACAUGGGAUGGUGUAUUUACUUCCUGUUUGAUAAAUAUUUUUGGCGUUAUUGUCUUUUUGCGUUCUGGCUGGAUAGUGAGUCAAGCUGGAGUAAUAUGUGCUGUUUUGAUAGUGUUAUCCACAGUGGCAACUGCAUUAGUAUCAGUAUUAUCAGCGGUAGGCAUAUGUGAGAGAUGUAGAAUAGAGAGUGGAGGAGUUUAUUUUGUCUUGGGCCAUGUUCUGGGUUCCAGGGUCGGUGGCUCUCUGGGCUUACUUUACUGUUUUGGGCAGGCUGUGGGUUGUGCACUGAAUGUACUUGGUUUUGGGGAAUCGAUGGCAGAAUUGAUUGGUUUUGGCGAUUCGGGAUCGGCAGUGAGACUUAUUGCAAUCGCAGCUGUUCUUUUGCUAAGCUGCAUUAACAUAGCUGGAGUGAAGUGGGUUAUUAAACUGCAAUUUAUUUUGUUACUAAUAUUGUUGUUAGCUGGCUUGGAUUUUAUGGUAGGCAGCUUUGUGCACUCGGAUGAAGAGAACGGCUUCGAAGGCUGGAUUAGUGAAAAUAUGCAGUUGAAUCUGCAGUCGAAUUACACUGAGGGCUAUGGAAUGUUUGCAGUGUUUGGGGUGUUUUUCCCAACCAUUACUGGAAUUUUAGCAGGCAUUAACAUGAGUGGUGACCUUAAAGCGCCUUCAACUAAUAUACCGAAUGGAACGUUGGCUGCUAUCAGUUUUGCCACAUUUUUAUAUUUGGUGUUCAUUUUGUUCUUGGGAGCCACAUGCACAAGAAAGGCAUUGCAAGCCGAUUACAUGAUUGCAGCUAAAGUAUCCGCUAUAGGAGUACUAUUUUUAGCCGGAUUGUAUGUUUCCUCCAUGUCUAGUUGUUUGGGAGCCAUGUAUGGUACUCCUAGGGUUUUACAAUCUAUUGCUCUGGAAAAUGUGAUUCCAGGUAUCGGAAUCUUAGGAAUGGGGAGAGGUCCUAAUAAAGUGCCUUUAUAUUCAAUGGCGGUAGUCGCGACUGUUACCUUUGCAUUUAUUUUAAUAGGAAAUAUUAACACACUCGCGCCUAUUGUAACGAUGCCUUACCUGUUAACGUAUGCCUGCAUAGAUUAUUCCUAUUUUGCGUUAGCGCAAACUUUUGACAUACAACAUCAAAGAGAGCAGCGAUUUCAUAGACCGAGAAUUCAGGCAACUAUUAGUGUAGAUUCAGAUAGCAACGAUUUGGAUAGAUUGUUUCCGGAACGCACAAGGCACAAGAAUCUAAGGGGCGAAUCAAGCUCGAAUUCUAGUCCUUCUAGUCCAGCAGAAUCUUCGGAAACUACACCUAUUGCCCCAAAAACUCAUAUACAUUCAAAGCAAAAGAACUGGUAUUCGCAUUUAUGUAAUCGAUGGUUGUCGCUAUUCGGUGCCUUAUUAAAGAUAAUUAUAAUGUUCUUGGUCAGCUGGAUGUAUGCAGUUGCAUGCUUUUCAGUAGUUUUUCUAGUCUGGUUAUACAUAGGAACGGCUAAUCCUGCAGUCAAACCGGGAUUGGCAAGUGAAUUUCAUUUUUUCCAUUGGUUGAAGAGUGUUAUUUUUCGAUGCUUUGGAAGACGAGUUACCGACUAUGAGCAAAUUAUUGUAACUCCUGUUCAUCCAGGUCUAGACGUUUCUACAGCCCAACUAAACGAAGACAAUGAAGAUUUUUCCAAUAGAAGGAGAUAUCAUCAAUCAGCGACGGUGACGGGGCACAUGGUCGAUAUAGACGACUAAAACGAUUUUCUGCGACAGCUUAUUUUCUAAUUUAUUUUGUUAACCAUAUACUAAAUUAUAACGUUUUUUUCCA